GGAAACGGGUAAGUAAAGGCGGGGGAUGCGUAACGGCGUUAUUGUUGCAUCUCCGUAAUAUUUUUCCCUUCUUUCUUGUGUUUGUCACUUUGGUCGUGUCUCCUUGUUGAAGACAGGCGUAACGGCGUAUUGGACGAUGCUUUGAAGUCGCCGAGUUCUAAGCUCAGAAACUUUGAUUGAGCUUUGAUUGCGCGAGAUCUUCAGUUUCCUUUCCGGGGGAAAUCACUGCAAAGAAGAGGCUGAAAAUAUUUAGUAUAAAUCGAGGAAAACCUAAGCAAAAUGAAGAUGGCGAUGGCUGGUUUGUAUAAACGAGUUCUCCCUUCUCCUCCUGCCGUUGACUUCGCUUCCUCCGAUGGAAAGUUGUUGCAAUGUAUUGGAACUGCAGCAACUUUUCAUCGAAGCUAUUCAAAACGGGACUAUGGAAGGGUUUUAUAGGUUGAUAUCUUACUUUCAGACACAAUCAGAGCCAGCUUACUGUGGACUAGCUAGUCUUUCCAUGGUCUUGAAUGCCCUUGCUAUUGACCCUGGCAGAAAAUGGAAGGGACCCUGGAGGUGGUUUGAUGAAUCUAUGCUCGAUUGUUGUGAGCCUUUGGAAAAAGUUAAAGAGAAAGGAAUAUCAUUUGGUAAGCUUGUAUGUUUGGCUCAUUGUGCUGGAGCAAAAGUUGAAGCUUUCCGCACAAAUCAAAGCUCCUUGGAUGACUUCCGCAAAUUUGUUGUGAGAUGUUCCACUUCUGACGAGUGUCAUAUAAUUUCAUCCUAUCAUAGGUCAAUUUUUAAACAGACGGGCACUGGUCAUUUUUCUCCUAUUGGUGGUUAUCAUGCUGGAAGUGACAUGGCCCUGAUUUUAGAUGUUGCUCGAUUUAAGUAUCCUCCUCAUUGGGUUCCUCUGAAACUUCUUUGGGAAGCCAUGGAAAAUGUUGAUGAAGCAACAGGACAACGUAGAGGGUUCUUGCUUAUAUCCAGACCUCACAGAGAUCCGGGCUUACUUUACACCCUGAGCUGUAAGCAUGAAAGUUGGGUCAAAGUUGCAAAGUAUUUAAUGGAUGAUGUUCCUAAUCUUGUGAAGUCGGAUGAUGUGAAAGAUGUUCAAAAGGUUAUCUCAGUUGUUUCCUCAUCACUUCCAUCAAAUUUUGAAGAGUUCAUCAAGUGGGUUGCAGAAGUUAGGAGAAGAGAAGAUGGUGAUCAAAACCUUAGCCUAGAGGAGAAAGGAAGGCUUUCUCUAAAGGAAGCCGUGUUGAAACAAGUGCAGGAAACUGGUCUUUUUAAACACGUUGUAGAAUUUUUAUCAUCGGUGACUUUAUGCUGUAGAAACACACCAGCUUCAAGUCAUGAAAAUAAUCUGCCCGACAUUGCUGCAACAGUUUGUUGCCAAGGUGCAGAACUGUUGUCUGGGAAGUUCGGUUCCCCAGAGAGGUAUUGCUGUCGUGAAACGAGUAUUACAAGCUUGAAGGCUAAUGGUGACAAGCCUAUUACAUUGGUGUCUGGGACAGUUGUAAAUGGUAGGUCUGAGCAGGGCGUAGACGUGCUGGUCCCUUCAUGCUCGAAUAAACUGAACUGUUGUGGCUGUAGCCCAACUAAUUGCAUUGGGAUUUACCCAGCUGGCAACGAUGUUCUCACAGCUCUCUUGCUGGCAUUGCCUCCUGAAACAUGGCAUGGUAUCAAAGAUGAGAAGCUUUUGAGUGAAAUGUCGUCUCUUGUCUCGACUGAGAAUCUUCCCAUUUUGCUCCAGGAAGAGGUAUUGCACCUACGACGGCAGCUGCAUCUUCUGAAGAAAUGCCAGGAGAAUAAGGUAGAUGAUGAUCUAGGUGAACCUUUAUGUUAGC